CAGUAUAUAAAAGACAGUAUAUACGAGACAGUGAAAAUCAAGCAAUCCCUUCAAAUUAACCAGUCUGCAUCUAUCAUGCAUCCUGAUGCACAACAAUGUAAAUCGGUUAAUUGAGGGUUUUUUAAAAUUUAAGAAUAGGUUAAAGUGCAGCAGAGUGAACAAACCUGCAGGAGUUGGGUAGCGUGUCUCUAGGCUCGCCCCCUGCAGGCCGUGUGCGGGCGGGCGGGUUGGCCGCCGCGGGUUGCCGUAGUUACCACAGACCGGUCGCAAGAUGGCCGCCGCGGUAGCCGAGCGGAGCCCGAGCGCUGGCUGAGGGAAAGCCGGCGGCGGCGCUCCCCGUCCUCGCCACCGGCCAUCAUCUGAUUGCUUUACUUAUUUCGACCAGAGGCGCCCUCCUCCCUCCCGUCUCUCCGAACGGCGGCCGCCCAGCAGCAGCUAUGCUGCGCCCUCUGCACCAGUAGGAAGCCUCCGACAUGGAACCGUCCGAGCUGCAAAGGGGCAAUGAUACUGAUGUAGCUUCUGAAGAUUCUGAACCAGAGAACUAUUCUGAUGAAUCCAGCAUUGAAGGUUUUUAUGGAACAUCACCGCCUAGUACCCAAAGGCAGAUGAAACGCAUGUCAACUAAACAUCACAGGAAUAACUUGGGGAAAGCAGUUAGCCGUCCUGGCAACAAAGAAAAGGUAACUGUACCAAAGCAUCCAACGCCUAAAGACAAGACCAUUGAAAAUGUGGCAGUAUUCAAUGACAAACAAGAAAGGAAGCUACGGUCCAAUAUGCGAACUACAGAAAGAGACCACAAGAAAACAGUGCAAUGUGCAUUUAUGCUGGAUCCUAUUACAGGGUCCUCUGCAAAGACUUCAAUUCCCAACAAGCCUUACCUCUGCCUUAGCUGCAGUAACCCCAACCCUCCUGUCUCAGUGCCCCUUAGUAGACCCACACGGCAGACUUCCAGAACGGAUUGUCCAGCUGACCGUUUGAAAUUUUUUGAAACAUUACGAUUACUACUUAAGCUUACCUCAGUUUCUAAACGAAAGGAGAAAGAGCAGAGAGGACAGGAAAAUACCUCGUAUGAAUGGGGGAACAGAACAAAUGAACUUAUCUGGCUGGAGCUGCAAGCUUGGCAUGCAAGUCGUAGCAUCAGUGACCAAGAUGUUUACCUCUAUACAGCACGCCAGGCAGUCCCUGAUAUUAUUAACGAUAUAUUGAACUUUAAGGUAAAUUAUGGAAGCCUUGGUGCUAGUAAAGCUGGUGGUUAUGCUGAUGCUGGUGGAGUGGAUGACAUUUUUGAGCAGAAGGUCGACUGUAUUAGGACUUCAGGAAUGCACGUCUUUGGUCAUUGUGAUUAUCAGGAACACCUCCAGUGUCAGAGGAUAGCAUUUGAGCAGGUGAAAAGUAUUAUGGAGCUGCUAGAGUCUGUGGAAGCACUUUACCCAUCAUUGCAGGCCCUCCAGAAGGACUAUGAGAGGUAUGCUGCAAAAGACUUUCAGAGCAGAGUGCAGGCACUCUGCUUAUGGCUAAAUAUAACCAAGGACCUGAACCAGAAACUGAACUUGAUGAGAACUGUAUUAGGCAUUGAGAAAUUACCAAACAUUGGCUGGCCAGUGUUUGAAAUCCCAUCUCCUCGUCCUUCCGGAGCAAGUGACCCAGAUGAGGAAGGAGAUGAUGAUAAGGAUUGCUUAGAGACUUGCCGCUUAGAAAAUGAAGAGCAGAAAGGUCAUGAAGAUGAAGUCACUGGGUCAGAAAAUGACAGACAGCACAGCUCUCAUAGGCACAGAGAAGGGGUACAUGUUCACUUUCAUCCUUUGGAUAUUUUUCCAAAGAAGUUUGAGAGGUCUGUAUCUGAAGAUGAGACAUCCUCAAUGGGAAAUCUGUUUUCUGAGUGCCCACCUGAUGCUAGUUUCAACAGGAAUUGUCAGAUGUCUAUUUAUAGGCCUUUUGUUGAUAAAGCACUGAAACAAAUGGGACUGCGGAAGCUUAUAAUGAGGCUUCACAAGUUAAUGGAUGGAUCUCUGCAAAGGGCACGAGUAGCACUGGAAAAAGAUGUUAGUACACUGGAGUUCUUUGCUGUUCCAGAGCCCUUGAACUGCCAUGAUUACCUGCCUGUAUUGUCUCACACAUCUUCCUGCACAGAGCAGAAGAACAGUAGUGUGUCGUGGGAACAGUUGAAGGCCAUGGAACUCCCAUCUUUCCAGCCUGCCUACUUGGUCUUGUGCCGAGUUCUUCUCAACGUAAUUCAUGAGUGCUUGAAACUAAGGUUGGAGCAGAGACCUGCAGGAGAGCCAUCGCUGCUGAGCAUUAAACAGCUGGUCAGAGAAUGCAAAGAAGUGCUGAAGGGUGGCCUACUCAUGAAGCAGUAUUAUCAGUUCAUGUUGCAUGGGAUUAUGGAUGAAUUCCAGAGACAACAGAAGGUUGACAGUAAUAUUGAUGAAUUUGAGGAAGAUCUACAUAAAAUGUUGAUGGUUUAUUUCGAUUACAUGCGGAGCUGGAUUCAGAUGCUACAGCAUUUACCUCAAGCCUCCCAUAGUCUGAAGAAUCUUCUAGAAAUAGAAUGGAAUUUUACCAAAGAAAUAACCCCUUGCAUACGAGGAGGAGAGGCUCAAGCAGGAAAGCUCUUCUGUGACAUAGCUGGAAUGCUGCUGAAGUCAACAGGAGAGUUCUUAGAUUCCGGUCUCCAGGAAAGUUGUGAUGAAUUCUGGGCGAGUGCUGAUGAUAGUACAGCGUCAGAUGAAAUCAGGAGGUCCAUCAUAGAGACCAGUCGUGCAUUAAAAGAACUCUUUCACGAAGCUCGGGAGAGAGCGUCCAAGGCUCUGGGUUUUGCUAAAAUGCUGAGAAAGGACCUAGAAAUAGCAGCUGAAUUUACUUUGUCGGCUCCUGUUCCGGAAUUUUUAGAGGCUCUUAAAACAAAAAAAUAUGUUAAGGUUCUCAUUCCUGGACUGGAGGACCUGCAUAUUUUUGUUGCUUAUGACCUUGCAGAGCUAAAGUCUCAGAUUCUCCAACUGCUUAGCGCAACAGCUGGCAAGGAAUGUUCAAAUGAAUCCGAUGAAUCAGUAGAUGAAGCCUACUUGCUCCUCAUCAAAGAUGAUCUGAAGAGCAAAGAGCAGGAAGAUGCCUGGAAAUUAUGGGCAGGCCAGUCCAUCAAAGUGCUGCCCCAGGUAGAAACUGUGGAUACAUUGAGAAGCAUGCAGAUUCGUAAUUUAUUGCUGGUUGUGAUGCAGUCUUCACACCUUGUAAAUCAGCGCAAGACCUUUCAACAGUCCAUAGAAAAUCUAAUCUCUCUGCACUGUGAGCAGACGUCCAGCCAACCAGUCAUAGCCAAAGCUCUGGAGCAGCUGAAGCAUGCAGCAUUACUGCUGUGCAAUAGGAUUAGUAAUGCGAUUGACAGGAUUGACAAGAUGUUUAAUUCUGAAUUUGAAGCUGAAGUGGACGAAUCUGAAUGUGUGACUUUACAGCAAUACUACAGAGAAACUAUGAUACAAAGCUAUAACUUUGGGUUUGAGUAUCACAAGGAGGUUGUGCGGCUAAUGUCUGGAGAAUUCAGGCAGAAGAUAGGGGAUAAAUUUAUAAGUUUUGCUAGAAAAUGGAUGACCUUUGUGCUCACAUGUGAAAGCGGGAGGGGAACAAGACCCAGGUGGGCAACCCAAGGGUUUGACUUCCUUCAGGCAAUUGAACCAGGAUUUAUCUCGGCUCUUCCAGAAGAUGACUUCUUGAGUUUUCAGUCUCUAAUGAAUGAGUGCAUCGGCCAUGUUAUAGGAAAACCUCACAGCCCUGUGACAGGAAUUCAUCGAAAUAGUCCUCGCCCUAUCAAAGUACCCCGAUGUCAUAGUGACCCACCAAAUCCACACCUCAUUAUCCCUACAUCCGAAGGAUUCAGUCCGAGGAGCCUUGGGUCUGAAGUACGGAAUGUCUGUGUUGCCAGUGUCCGCUCACCUCCUCUAGUUGCGAGUGACCUAAAUCACACCAAACCUACAGGCCCAGCAAAUGAAAUAAGGGGUUCAAGUGUCCCUGAAAAUGACCGCUUAGCAUCUAUAGCAGCUGAACUUCAGUUCAAGUCACUGAGCCGACAUUCCAGUCCCACGGAAGACCGUGAAGAACCUACAUAUCCUAAAGGAGAUCCAGGUGUGAGUGUGCGAAGAAGCUGGGAGCUUCGGUCUCUGUUAAGUCAGUCAAAAGACGUAGCUGCCAAGCAGAGUCGAAUUGAAGCUGUACGCAAGUCAAUUAAGUCCUUUGAAGAGCAACAAAACUGCCAGAUGAAGCAAAAAAAUAUCAUUGGUCAGAUCUGUGACAUUCCUAAAUCUUAUGACAAUGUCAUGCAAGUUGGAUUAAGAAAAGUGACGUUUAAAUGGCAAAGAGGAAACAAAAUAGGUGAAGGACAGUAUGGGAAAGUGUACACAUGUAUAAAUGUAGAUACCGGAGAGCUAAUGGCAAUGAAGGAAAUCAGAUUCCAGCCAAAUGAUCACAAAACAAUCAAGGAGACUGCAGAUGAAUUGAAAAUUUUUGAAGGUAUCAAACACCCAAACCUGGUUAGAUAUUUUGGUGUAGAACUUCACAGAGAAGAAAUGUACAUCUUCAUGGAGUACUGUGAUGAAGGCACCCUAGAAGAGGUGGCUAGGCUUGGUCUACAGGAGCACGUAAUUCGAUUAUAUACCAAGCAGAUCACCACAGCUAUCAAUGUGCUACAUGAACAUGGAAUAGUGCACCGGGAUAUCAAGGGUGCCAAUAUUUUUCUCACCUCAUCGGGUCUGAUCAAACUGGGGGACUUUGGUUGUUCAGUAAAACUGAAGAAUAUUGCACAAACCAUGCCUGGUGAAGUGAACAGUACCCUUGGGACUGCUGCUUAUAUGGCCCCUGAAGUUAUCACCAGAGCAAAGGGUGAAGGGCAUGGGCGUGCUGCAGAUGUCUGGAGCCUUGGGUGUGUCCUUGUGGAAAUGGUCACAGGCAAGAGGCCUUGGCAUGAGUAUGAGCACAACUUUCAGAUAAUGUACAAGGUGGGAAUGGGUCACAAGCCUCCCAUCCCAGAACGAUUAAGCCCAGAAGGCAAGGACUUCCUCUCCCAUUGCCUGGAAAGUGAUCCAAAGCACCGGUGGACAUCUAGCCAACUUCUGGAUCAUCCUUUUGUCAAGGUUUGCUGUGAUGAAGAAUGAGCUGCCUGAACAAAAGCACUAGUGGUCUCCCAGACACACAAGAAGCAAUCACUACUGCAAGUGCCAAGAACACUCUACAACCGUGAAUUGCACAGACAGCUGACAGGGUCACUGUACCACUGCUUCUGUGAAGCUGAUAGGCUGAGACUGCACAUGUUGGGCAAUUGACUGUCUAGCAAAUUAAAAUAAGCUGCAUGCUCUAUUGGAAGUGCCAUUACUACUGUACAGACUGUUGUGGUUUCUGCCCCGAUAAUCCAUGCCCUUCACCUUGCUUUCAGAAAAUGUAACACCCAGCUGUAGUAUUUCAAUUUUCUAUAGGUUCCAGUUUUGUGUUGUCAAAUAUUCUAAUUUGUAAAAUGUUUUUAUCCUGUUUGUUGUGCUACACACAUCUAUUAUAUCGUGGAAGAAGAAUGCACUGACUCCUGUGAACGUUUGCAUACCCGAGUUUAUUCUGCAGCGACUGUAGACUGAUUAAUGAAAUACAAUUGUUUUCCAAUAAAUUCUUUAUUUUAGGAAAACUGGUGCUGAAGUAAGAAUGGAUUUGUGUGGUGGAAUCUGAAGGAUGCUGUGCUAAAUCUUUAUAAGUCUAAGCAACCAAAGCAAGGGAGGAACGUACUGAUUUAAAGCUCAUGAAACCUCAAGUUCAAUACAUGCAUCGAAAUGACAUUCAUUUGGAGGAAAUCAAACACCCAGCAGAAAUCUAUGUGACCACCGGAUGAACGCACAAACUGAAUGCAGCCAGCACCUGAACUCAAGAUCAAACCCAGGAUCCUGGAGCUGUAGGACGGCAGCUCUAACUGCUGCACCACCAUGCUGCCCAACACAGUCAACUUGCUUUACAGAACUGUACCAUAUUUAGAGAAGCAUA